AUGAGCAGAGAUACAAUAUUUACUACAGAACCUGCAAAGUAUUUCCAAAGCGAAGAUUUGCCACAGAAGCCUAAACAUGCCACCCAUCUAGUAACUUAUCCAAAUUUCCUUAUUUCAGACAUUGACCACUCUUUAGACAGGCCAUUUACAAGCUCUCCUCAGAAGCAAAAUAAAAAAUUUGUUUAUUCAUACAAUUUUAACAUAAACAGAGAAAACUUGCCUCAAAUUAAUUAAAAUUAAAAAUUUGUGCUGGCCGUAAAACGGGUAAGCCCACUAGCCGUUACCCACCUUGGCUCAAAUAUGUCGCCAUUUUGGAUUUCAACCUGAACCACCUGUUCAAGGGAUCAGCUCCCUAGUUCAGAGCCUCCGCCUAUAAAAUGCUCGGAGUAUUUCCAUCAACAUCACCAUUUUAUUUCUUUCAAAAUUGCCUCAGGAUUUUGAUAAAAAGCCUAUAGGUAAAAAGCGGACCCAGUUUUCAAACAAUGCUUAUUCAAGCACAUUUAACCCAAUCUCAUUUGACGCCUCACAAAGUGAAUCCAAGUCAAAACCUUUAAAAAAACGCAAUCCCUUUCAUCAGUCUUCUCUGAAAAAUCUUCAUGAAGACCAUAAGCUGUCAGUAAAAUCUAUAUACUAUUUUAAUUAUAAUUUCAUAAAAAAAAAUUAUUAUUUAUUACUAAUUUUAAUUUAUUUUGAUAAUCCAUCAUCUCCAAUUCAAUGAAAAAAAAAAUAAUUAUUCAAAAAUCCACGACAGCAGAGGAGUUAAGGAUUUACUUAAUUAUUCCUAA